UUCGCGUGCCAGGCCGAGGGGGCGUGUGCACCCGUGCGCCUGUGUGUGCAGGGGUGGUGGAUGGGGCGCUGGCUGAAGCCUUCCAGACCCCACCCCUGCGAGGGGGGCCUCGGUGGAGGGCAGGUCAGCAUCCUGAACUGGGUUUCUGUCCUUGCCUUUCGGCUCUCCAGCCCUGGAGGAGUUAAGCAGAAAUGACCGAUGUAUCAGUAUGCCUUGUUCCUCCCCAAACCCUGAGGGCCAGAGCGCAGAACUGGGAGGGGGCGCCUGUCAGCCUCUGUGCCCAAGAGGCUGUGAGGCCCGCGUGGAAUCGACUUUCCAGGCAUCGCGGGGCCCCCGAUGGCUGUCUCCCCAGCCCUGUCUGCAGAGAGAGAAAGCCUCCCAGAGCCCCCCCAGGAAAAGCCCGGCUGGAUGAGGUCAUGGCUGCCGCAGCCCUCACAAGCCUGUCCACCAGCCCCCUCCUGCUGGGGGCCCCGGCUGUAGCCUUCAGCACAGAGCCCAGCUUGGAGCCCUGGAGGGAGGCCCCGGUGCGGCCACCGGGCAGCAGCGGGGAUGGGGGCUGGGGCCCGACCAGUGACCAGUCCUCUCCAUCUACCCCGUCGCCCCCGCUGCCCCCUGAGGCAGCCCACUUCCUGUUCGGGGAGCCUGCCCUGAGGAAGAGGAAGAGCUCGCUGCAGGGGCUGUUCCAGUGUCUGUGGAAGCGCUGCGGGAAGGUGCUGAGCUCGGCGUCAGGGAUGCAGAGACACAUCCGUCUGGUGCACCUGGGCAGGCGGCAGGCAGAGCCAGAGCAGAGCGACGGCGAGGAGGACUUCUACUACACGGAGCUGGAUGUCGGUGUGGACUCGCUGACCGAUGGGCUGUCUGGCCUGACCCCGGGGUCCCCCACGGCCUCCGUGCCACCCGCCUUCCCCCACCUGGAGCCGCUGGAGCCCCCGGCCCUGCCCAGCCUGCUGCGCCCGCCCGCCCUGCCCCCGCCCCCGGUGCUGAGCUCCCUGCCCGCCCCCCAGGGCUGCCUGGCACCCGUCCACCCGGAGCCACAGCCCAUCCCGGUCAGGGCCUGCGCGCCAGCCCUGCCCACCAAGCCCGGUGCCAACCCGAGGAAGCCCCGAGGUGACGCCAAGAAGUGCCGGAAAGUGUAUGGCAUGGACCACCGGGACCUGUGGUGCACGGCCUGCCGCUGGAAGAAGGCCUGCCAACGCUUCCUGGACUGAGCCCCGCCCGCCGGGGCCUCUCCUAGCUGCAGGGUCUUUUUAACCGGUGUGGGGUGGUCCCCACCACUCAAAGUGCCUCUGAAGAAACCAGCCUCUUGGCCUUUUGCACUAAAGCCAAACCUCACAGCUGUCCCCUUGGCCUGGGGUCCCCAGGGGUGGCCGCCCCCCACCUGUCGGCCCUGGACUUGUCAGGGGUGUGACGGGCCCCGCUUUGGGGCCACACGGGGCCGUCCUCGAUGCACUUUGAGGGGUGUCGGGGAGGGGGCGCCCCUGCCCGCACUUAACCUGACUGUUUGAGGGCCCGGGUGGACGUUUGUACCGUGUUUGCCAAGCUCAGGUGUCUCACGUCUGGGCUGAACCAGGCGAGGAGUAACAUUAAAGAUUCGGGAUUUUUCCAAAAGCUGUG